AUGUUUAAAAAAGGUUCCACAUUUCAGAUUGUGAAUAGAGUUGGUGAAGGAAGUGAUGAAGAUAUACUGAUCACAGACGCUGAUGCGAACAAACAGUGGAGUGUCCGCAAGGAUGCAAUUCAAUUUCCAAUAGUUUCCUCAUCGAGCACUCUUCAAAUGCAGUACACACGGACACGUGGUAAUCCAGAAGUGGUUCUACUUGUACUCUUCUUGGACGGUGAUUAUUUUCAAUUCUCUUUGCAAUUUCCGUCAGCCUCAUCUUAA